CCUGAGGUCCGCAAGGAGGGUGCAUUCUGGGUGCGGGGACCUGCCCAGUGAACGGUGGCUUUUGUUACAGGGCGGAGGGCGCCGAUGGAGACUACGGAGAGGGGCUCCGAGCCUCCCCCCCCACCCCCCCCCAGCGGGCAGCUCCUGGGCCCUGCAGCCAGCAUGCCCAUCUCUCCCCUCCCCCAACCUAUCUUUUUCUUCCCUCCAGACUUUGUCUAAAUAAGAAAUUACGAAAGUAGAGCCUUACCUUACAGCAACGUGCAGGUUAAUUUGGUGAUGUCAAGGGAUUGGAGCCAACAGGGCUUCAGCACGAAGACUUCAUCCUUAGAGUGCCUUUGCCAGCAGUGCUGAGCAUCAGUAACUUCCGGUUGAAUUCACUGGAACACUUGUUCUCAGUGACCUUCGGUGCCCUCCCUCUGUCACUCUCUCUCUUACCUUCUUGGUGUUCAGUUUUACCUCUGAUAAAUUAGGGUGAUAAGGAGAAAAAGGAGUGACUUUAGAAUGAAGUGGCUUUACCUUAAGAAAUUACUAAUCUCCAAUUUCUCAUUUCUAAAUCUCUUCUUCAGGAUCAUAAGAGUUUCUGUAGGUAAACUAGUUCUCCCAGUUUGAACCUGGAACUGUUCUUUAGAGUUAUUGGACCCCCUGAAGACUGUCCCUGGAUCUCAGGUUAAAAAUCUGUAUUCUAAUUGGAACCGUGGGAAGAAAGGAUAGUUGGUUGGUGGUAUUCCUGCUUGCAGAACACGAUGUUUUCCAAACUAGCACAUUUGCAGACUGUUGCUGUGCUUCGUCGUGGAGUUCAUUCUUCAGUGGCAUCUGCUACCUCUGUUGCAACUAAAAAAACGGUCCAAGGCCCUCCAUCCUCUGAUUACAUUUUUGAACGGGAGUCUAAAUAUGGUGCCCACAACUACCAUCCUUUACCUGUAGCCCUGGAGAGAGGACAAGGUAUUUACCUAUGGGAUGUAGAAGGCAGAAAAUAUUUUGACUUCCUGAGUGCUUACAGUGCUGUCAACCAGGGGCAUUGUCAUCCAAAGAUUGUGAAUGCUCUGAAAAGUCAGGCAGACAAAUUGACCUUAACAUCUAGGGCUUUCUAUAAUGAUGUACUUGGUGAAUACGAAGAGUUUGUUACUAAACUUUUCAACUACCAGAAAGUUCUUCCUAUGAAUACAGGAGUGGAGGCUGGAGAAACCGCUUGCAAACUUGCUCGUAAGUGGGGAUAUACUGUCAAGGGUAUUCCGAAAUACAAAGCAAAGAUUGUUUUUGUAGCUGGAAACUUUUGGGGUAGAACAUUGUCUGCUGUCUCCAGUUCCACAGACCCAACCAGCUACGAAGGUUUUGGACCAUUUAUGCCAGGUUUUGAAAUCAUUCCAUAUAAUGAUCUGCCUGCUCUUGAGCGUUCUCUUCAAGAUCCAAAUGUUGCCGCAUUCAUGGUAGAGCCAAUUCAGGGCGAAGCGGGGGUGGUGGUUCCGGAUCCUGGCUACCUAGUGGGCGUGCGAGAGCUUUGCACCCGGCACCAGGUUCUGUUUAUUGCUGAUGAAAUACAGACAGGAUUGGGGAGAACUGGUAGAUGGCUGGCUGUUGAUCAUGAAAAUGUCAGGCCUGAUAUAAUCCUUCUUGGAAAGGCACUUUCUGGUGGCUUAUACCCUGUAUCCGCAGUGUUGUGUGAUGAUGAAAUAAUGUUGACCAUUAAACCAGGGGAGCAUGGAUCAACGUAUGGUGGCAAUCCACUAGGCUGCCGAGUGGCCAUUGCGUCCCUUGAGGUCUUGGAAGAGGAAAAUCUUGCUGAAAAUGCAGACAAAAUGGGUACAAUCUUGAGAAAUGAGCUCAUGAAGCUGCCUUCUGAUAUUGUCACUGCUGUAAGAGGGAAAGGAUUACUAAAUGCUAUUGUUAUUAGAGAAACCAAAGAUUACGAUGCUUGGAAGGUGUGUCUGCGACUUCGAGAUAAUGGACUUCUAGCCAAGCCAACCCAUGGCGACAUCAUCAGGUUUGCGCCUCCGCUGGUGAUCAAGGAAGAUGAGAUUCAGGAGUCCGUGGAAAUCAUUAACAAGACCAUCUUGUCUUUCUGAGGGUGGUGACUGUUUUCAGCGGGCCUGGGAAGCAGCUGGAGAUAGGCAGUUCGUUGAUGUCUUGUGAAAGCUUCUGCGUUUCUCCCUUAACGCAGGCACAUUCCACUCCCCUGUCUUCAAGGACUUCUGUUUUUAAUAUAUAUAUUCUCCAGUUCAUACAUAAUAGAAUGACAUUUAUAAACACGCAGUUUGCUGUGUAACAUAGCUAUAAGAGAAUGUAAUGGCAUCUAUAAUUGAUUAAGUGUUUUUGCGUGUGUGCGCUUUCUAAAGUGAAAUAUGCAUCUGUCUAUAUAGACAGCCUUUUAAUCAAGCCCUUCAGUAUAAUUUAUAUAUGUUUUUAUAAUUUCCUUGCUGGUAUAAAUGUUUUGUAUUUGAAAAAGUUAUAUGGGGUAUUACAUAGAAGACUUGCUUAGCCUUAUAAAGUUGAAUUAUAAUCACUGAAUUUGAGGAAAGAUUCAUGGUUAAGCUUAUAUAAAAUACUAGAUUUAAGUAAACUUCAUAUAAGCCAACACCAGGAUAUGUUCUAUGAAGGUCAUUAUUUUGAAUUAAGAAUUAAUGUUUAGGGCCGGCCCCGUGGCUUAGCAGUUAAAUGCGUGCGCUCCGCUACUGGCGGCCCAGGUUCGGAUCCCGGGCACGCACCGUCGCACCACUUCUCCAGCCAUGCUGAGACCGUGUCUCACGUACAGCAACUAGAAGGAUAUGCAACUAUGACAUACAACUAUCUACUGGGGCUUUGGGGAAAAAAAAAGGAGGAGGAUUGGCAAUAGAUGUUAGCUCAGAGCCUGUCUUCCUCAGCAAAAAGAGGAGGAUUAGCAUGGAUGUUAGCUCAGGGCUGAUCUCCCUCACAAAAAAAAAAAAAAAAAGAAUUAAUGUUUAAUACUUCCAAAUUAGUUUCAAAUCUUUGAUUAAUUUGUAAAAAAAUGUUUAUUUUCAGUUUUUCUUUAAAUUUAAAGUAAAGCUUAUAUUUAAAAUGUCUAUUUUGUGAUCAGUAUCUAUUACUAUUACUAUUACUGCAGUAUUAUCGAUGACCUCAUGUUUGAAAGCUCUUUGAGGAUAUUCUUACCUUGCUUUAUUUCAUGUGCUUUCUAAGGGCAUUCAGAUUCUUUGAUAAUCUCUAGAAAAAUAGAAAUUAUAAAAAGAAAGUCUCUUAUAAUAAUACUUCCUUCCCCCCUUUCAAAAUAAUUGUUUUUUCCUGUAUGUAUACUAGUAUUUACCAUUUUUAUUAAAGUUUCCUUAUUAAGCUUGGUA